CUAUCUACUCUUUACUCUCUACUCUACUCUGCUAUCUACUACCUACUCCACUCCACUCUUCUCUCUACUCCUCGGCCAGGCCAAUGGCCGCCUCUGCCUCUGCAUCUCCCGCUCAGCAUGUCCAGGUCCCUCCACCCCGCAUCUCCUCAUCUCCACUCAUCCCUUCCCCGUCGCAUCUCCUCUGAUCCCGCCGUAGUCCCAGCCCUCAUCGCCUUCGCCAUCUUCUACGCUUCAAAUGUCGGCCCCCGCCUCCUCAACGCGGCCGUCCGCGCCCUCCAGACCCGCGACCGUCUGCGCCAGCUCCCCAGCAUGGUCAAACACAUCCUCCUCUCUGCUCUCUCCCGCAACGAACUCCCCGCGUUCUGGUUCUUUCUCCUCGGCUCAUCUGUCUCUACUACCCGCAUCAUCGAGCGCCUCUUCCCCAAACGCCGCCUCUCCCUCCGCCAAUCCUCCUUCCUCGGCUCAGCCAUCGCAAGCAUGCUCGUCAUGCGCUGGCACCAGCGCCGCGUCCGCAAGUCCGUCGCCGUCAAACAGAUCGAGUCUGUGGUCUCUGAAAAGCUAGAUCACCACGACCACAGCCGGACAAUCGACACCACCCUCUUCACCUUCACCUCGGCUUGCGACUACCUCUUCAGACGUCACAUCCUCGCCCGCAAUCGCCUGCCCAUCUCCCUCAACACCUGCGACAUGCUCUCCUUCGUCUCCUCCAGCUCCGUCGUUAUGUACGCCUGGUUCUACAGGCCCGAUCGCCUGCCAAAGUCCUACAACACCUGGAUCACGCGCUACGCCGAUCUCGACACGCGCUUGCUCGACAUGCUCCGCCUCGCGCAGCAGCGCAAGUUCAUCUACGGCGUCGAAACCGGCAUGGCCGGGAUCCUCGAGCCCAUGACGAAAAACCUCGGUUUACCCCGCGAGUACGGCGAUCCAGUAAAGUCGAUCCCGCUUCCCUGCGUUCUCAUCCACGAAAACAUGGCCGAGAACUGCGAGAUGCACGCCGUCUUGCGUUUCUGGAAAGCGUUCAAGGCCGCGCUUGUCAUCUACCUUCCUCUAAACACAGUCCUGCAGCUGCGAAAUUUACGAUCUAGAACACCGAUCUUGGCCCAGAUCGCGCACGUAUUAAAGUCCUCUGCGCGGUCCUCGUCGUUCUUGGGACUCUUUGUUACUUUGACCUGGUAUGGCGUCUGUCUGACGCGCUCGAGACUCGGACCGUACUUUUUCCCGAAAGCGAAGCCUAUCACUUGGGACAAUACCCUUGGUCCUCUUCUUGGAUGUCUAAUCUGCGGCUGGAGUAUCCUGCUCGAAACCCCCCAGCGCUGGGGGGAACUAGCGCAAUUUGUGUCUCCGCGUGCCAUCGGCACCCUUCUCCCGGUAUCCUUUGACGAAGCACACGAAUGGUUCGAGAGCCUUGUCUUCUCUGCCUCUUACGCCGUCUUGUUUUCCGCACUAUCAGUCAAUCGGUCUAACCGUCGUCUGGGAGUCCGCGAGCCGAAUGAUGUACGAUUACGGGGUAUGAUGGGAUACGCGCUGACUACAAUCAUGAGAUGAUCUUUGCGCGAUAAAUAGAAUCCAAGACAAAUAGAUAGUAGAUAGAAGAAUUCUCCUCCUGCCUUUAAAGGAAAGUCGCGAAGAGCAC